AGGUGACAAGGGAUACGACAUCGUCAUUGCCAGUUUUAUGUUUUGACGGUCGCAUCUAUACGAAGACCGUUACCAUGACAAUGGACUAAGGGUACGGCCGUAGUUGGUAGCAAAUGAAGACAUGGGAGUUGAACACAGGCAAAAAAGAGGUAGUCUUAGGCUGGUGAGUUAUCUACUCGCUGGCAACUUCAUCUCUUGCCUCUGCCCAUGUGUUCGGAGUUUGACAAGGGAAUGCACUCGUCAUCUGCUACAUUUGUUAUUAAAUCUUUCGCAGGUCGACGCUCCUUCACCUCCAUCCUCCAAACCCAGGCUCUCCUCAAGGCUUUCACCAUGCCAGGCGAACUGAAAACAGUGCUGAGGUUCAAGAAGCUGUCAGAGCAUGCCUUUACGCCCUCGAAGGGCUCGAAAUUUGCUGCUGGUUUUGACUUGUGCAGUGCUUAUGACUUGGUGAUUCCAUCCCUUGGAAAGGCUCUCAUCAAGACAGACAUUCAGGUGGAACUUCCAGAAGGAUGUUACGGCAGGAUUGCACCAAGGUCUGGUCUGUCAUGGAAGCAUCACCUAGAUGUUGGGGCUGGUGUGAUAGACCGAGACUACAGAGGCAAUGUUGGUGUAGUCCUAUUUAAUCAUUCCAAAACUGAUUAUGAGGUGAAGAAGGGAGAUCGUGUUGCUCAACUGAUCUGUGAAAAAAUCAUAUAUCCAGAAAUUGAAGAAGUUCAG